CCCAGAGAGGGUGGGGAGAUGACACAGUUGUUCCCCCAGCCCUGGCGGGGCGGGCAGCAUGGUUCACUCCAGCAUGGGGGCUCCAGAAAUAAGAAUGUCUAAGCCUCUGGAGGCCGAGAAGCAAGGUCUGGACUCCCCAUCAGAGCACACAGACACCGAAAGAAAUGGACCAGACACUAAUCAUCAGAACCCCCAAAAUAAGACCUCCCCAUUCUCCGUGUCCCCAACUGGCCCCAGUACAAAGAUCAAGGCUGAAGACCCCAGUGGUGAUUCAGCCCCAGCAGCACCCCUGCCCCCUCAGCCGGCCCAGCCUCAUCUGCCCCAGGCCCAACUCAUGUUGACGGGCAGCCAGCUAGCUGGGCUCACGGCACUGAUGCCAGCUCAGCAGCAGCUCCUCCUGCAGCAAGCCCAGGCCCAGCUCCUGGCCGCCGCCGUGCAGCAGUCCAGUGCCGCCGCUGCCGCUAACGCCGCUGCCGCCGCCGCCGCCUCCGCCUCCUCCUCUACUUCCUCCUCCUCCUCCUCCUCUGCCUCCUCCUCGACCUCACAGCCCCCAGCCUCCUCUGGGGGGGGUGACCUGCCACCACCACAGCCUGCCAGCCAGCCCCCUGGGACCCCACAGCUCACCUUGUCCCAACCCAUCCAGCUCACAGCACAGGACAUACAGCAGCUCCUCCAGCUCCAGCAGCUGGUGCUUGUGCCAGGCCACCACCUCCAGCCACCUGCUCAGUUCCUGCUACCGCAGGCCCAGCAGAGCCAGCCAGGCCUGCUACCGACACCAAAUCUAUUCCAGCUACCUCAGCAAACCCAGGGAGCUCUUCUGACCUCCCAGACCCGGGCCGGGCUUCCCACACAGGCCGUGACCCGCCCUACGCUGCCCGACCCGCACCUCUCGCACCCGCAGCCCCCUAAAUGCUUGGAGCCACCAUCCCACCCCGAGGAGCCCAGUGAUCUGGAGGAGCUGGAGCAAUUCGCUCGCACCUUCAAGCAACGCCGCAUCAAGCUGGGCUUCACGCAGGGUGAUGUGGGCCUGGCCAUGGGCAAGCUCUACGGCAACGACUUCAGCCAGACGACCAUUUCCCGCUUCGAGGCCCUCAACCUGAGCUUCAAGAACAUGUGCAAACUCAAGCCCCUCCUGGAGAAGUGGCUCAACGACGCAGAGACUAUGUCUGUGGACUCAAGCCUGCCCAGCCCCAACCAGCUGAGCAGCCCCAGCCUGGGUUUCGACGGGCUGCCCGGCCGGAGACGCAAGAAGAGGACCAGCAUCGAGACAAACGUCCGCUUCGCCUUAGAAAAGAGUUUUCUAGCGAACCAGAAGCCUACCUCAGAGGAGAUCCUGCUGAUCGCCGAGCAGCUGCACAUGGAGAAGGAAGUGAUCCGCGUCUGGUUCUGCAACCGGCGCCAGAAGGAGAAACGCAUCAACCCCUGCAGUGCGGCCCCCAUGCUGCCCAGCCCGGGGAAGCCGGCCAGCUACAGCCCGCAUAUGGUCACACCCCAAGGGGGCGCGGGGACCUUACCGUUGUCCCAAGCUUCCAGCAGUCUGAGCACAACAGUUACUACCUUAUCCUCAGCUGUGGGGACGCUCCACCCCAGCCGGACAGCUGGAGGGGGUGGGGGCGGGGGCGGGGCUGCGCCCCCCCUCAAUUCCAUCCCCUCUGUCACUCCCCCACCCCCGGCCACCACCAACAGCACAAACCCCAGCCCUCAAGGCAGCCACUCGGCUAUCGGCUUGUCAGGCCUGAACCCCAGCACGGGAAGCACAAUGGUGGGGUUGAGCUCCGGGCUGAGUCCAGCCCUCAUGAGCAACAACCCUUUGGCCACUAUCCAAGCCCUGGCCUCUGGUGGAACCCUGCCCCUUACCAGCCUUGAUGGCAGCGGGAAUCUGGUGCUGGGGGCAGCCGGCGCAGCCCCGGGGAGCCCCGGCCUGGUGACCUCGCCGCUCUUCUUGAACCAUGCUGGGCUGCCCCUGCUCAGCACCCCACCUGGUGUGGGCCUGGUCUCAGCAGCGGCUGCGGCCGUGGCAGCCUCCAUCUCCAGCAAGUCUCCUGGCCUCUCCUCAUCCUCUUCAUCCUCCUCCUCCUCCUCCUCCACUUGCAGCGAGACGGCAGCACAGACCCCUGGAGGUCCAGGGGGGCCUGAGGCAGGGUCCAAACCUGAGUGAGGGCCAACCAUGCCUCCCCUCACAUUCCUCUGAUCCCUGCCUUGGUCCCUUGCCUGGGAAGAGGGCGAGGAGGCCAGUGGUGGGGACACAGAGGGUCCUCGGAGCAGGAGUGACAAGGGAGGAAAGACCAAAAAAACCAACCAACCAAAAAAAAAAAAAAAAAAAAAAGGAAAGAAACUAACCAACAAAAGAGAAAACCAAAAAUAAUCACAACAGAAACCAGCUGCCCCAAAGGAACCAGAGGUGAAAAACAAACAAAAAAACCAAAAACAAACCAAAAAAAAAACCCCCACAAAAUCAAACAAACCAAAAAACCAGUCGCGAGCCAGACCUCAGCGUGCUCACCCUCACUGCUACGACGCCAAAUAAAAACCCCGGCCAGGGGCGGAGAAGCCUCCAGCAGGUCAGACCUCAUGCCACCGAGCCCUGGCUGUGGGACCAACCCCCGACCCUGCCUCCCCCGUGGGGGCUACAGAAGGAAAAAGAGAAGAUGCCAGCUUCCUAGUCCCGGCCCCCAGCCCUGGGCCAGCGAAGACAGGGCACAGCCUGGGCAGAUGGGCUGGGGCUUAGCACCACCCACCAAAUGUUCUUUUCCAGAAAGUGAAAGAGAAAGGGCCUGAACAACCUUACACCAAAUAUUCAGUAGCUUCAUCCAAAGGAUGUACAGAAUUUUUAGCAUUGUGCUCAACAGAAUGUGUCCCUACCAUGUGUCCCCUUCUCCCCUGGCCCCCAGCUCUCCCCACCUGGGCAGGGGGUCUUGCUUUAACCUCCUCCCUCCCCCCAGCCAGGGGAGAGUUCAAGGGAAGGCCUGUGGACAACUUUUCAUCCCCUGUUCCUCCCUCUUUUCCCCUUUGAAGGGUGGGCUAGGCCAUUUUGCCAAGUUCUAGCUCUCACAAGUCCCUCCUCAACCCUGUCACCCUCCUCUGCUCUGGAAUCGACUCCCUCCCCAGCCUAUGGGAAGGUGGAAGUUUCAGGCAAGAGGGGAUGAAGACAUUCAGUUGAGGGCAUUCAGUUGUCUUUUUCCAUCCUGUCUGUUUCCCUGAAAAAAAAAAAAAAAUUCAUAUUCCAGUGCCUAUCCGUGGGAUCCUUCACGUUCUUUGACAUUAACCAGAAACCAAAAAGAGAACUCACCUCGCUUUUCCCACCCUGUGCCCCUCUGGUACUGGCGAAUGCCUCUCCCUCCCCCCACAUGCACACACACACACACCCCAGUGGUGGGGUUCCUCGAGAUGGCAUCCCCAUCAGGGUCCAUGGGGUGGGGACAGUGCCACAGCCUGUGGUCCCCAUCUGAGAGGGCGCGGUGGUGGCUACCACUCCCACGAGACCUCCACAAGUCUUGGCUGGACCCUGUGUUUGACCAGCCCCGGACACGUCUCCACUGACGACGGACAGAGGAGAGACGCCACUGGGAGCUACCCUGCCCUCCUGCUAUUGUGGAGGCCAACAAAGUUUUGAACCAAAAACCAAAAAAACAGAAACAAACAAUAAAUUUAAACUAGAAAAAAAGAAUUUAUAUAUAUAUAUAUAUACACAUACAUAUAUAUGUGUGUGUGUGUAUAUAUAUAUAUAUAUAUAUAUAUAUAUAUAUAUAUAUAUAUAUAUAA